AAAUCUCGGUGGGACCUUUUUUUAUUUCAUUUUUCAUUCCUGUUUCUGUCAGCGCCGCAUAUAAUCCUUCCUCAAUUUUUACUAAAUUAAUUUUGCGGCAACUUUGUUCACGAUCCUCUGCUAGUAAUAAUAGUUUGCGUCUGGGGUGAUUGGGCUCAUAUUGAAUUGCAGAUCAAAGAAAAUCUUCCAAAAACCAAACAACUUCUAGGGUGCGGUGGCCUUUGAUGCUCGGACUCUUCGAAAUGGUUGGAGUACCCAUGUUGGACACGACACGACAUGGAUAUGGGUGAUUGGUUUUUUGUCCUAUAAUGGAAGCUAAAUUCUUUCGCUUUCUUAAGAUUGUUGGAGUUGGUUUCAAAGCCAGAGCAGAAGCGGAAGGUCGUCUCUUGUACCUUAAACUUGGUUACAGCCAUGAGGUCGAACUUACUGUACCUCCAGCAGUUCGCGUGUUCUGCUUCAAAAACAACGUAGUCUGCUGCACUGGGAUUGACAAGGAAAGGGUGCAUCAAUUUGCUGCUGCUGUCCGUAAUUGCAAGCCUCCUGAAGUUUACAAAGGAAAAGGUAUAAUGUACAUUGAUGAAGUGAUAAAGAAAAAGGAGGGGAAGAGGUCAAAAUAACUUGGGAGAUGCUUGGCUUUCUUUGGAUGAUGUUUGACCUUAAUUGUUACUAAUAACAUGUCUCCAGCCCUUUUUUCUCUCUUCUUUUUUUGCCAGAUUAAUAUGCUUUAGUAAUGUCACUGAUAUUUGUGUUUCAUUUAGAAUUUUUUUUUUUUUUGCACUGUGAAGAAUGGAUCGUGUUGUAGUUAUGAUUGUUAUCGACAUUUUUUAUUAGAACUCUUAAACUGUUAACUAAUUCUGAAUGGGAAAGAAUAAUCAUA